CAUCUAUCAACCUUCAGUUCCUUCGCUCCAUCUCCCAAUCAUCUUUUCAACAUGAAGUUCACUCAAAUCCAACUCGCUGCGCUUGUCGCCAGCGUUGCAUCUGCUCAGACUCUCCCCAUCCCCAACCGUGUUGGAAACAUCAAUGUCCUUCCAGCACCCAGCAGCAUCUCUGGAAGCAGGAACUUUGGCAACGCCGAGUACAGCCGUGGCCGCAAGUGCAACUCUGACCAGGACACUGGCAGCGCCAACGCUGUCUUCAUCCUUGAGAAUGGCGCGUCCAUCUCCAACGUCAUCAUUGGCGCUGAUUCCCUCGAAGGAGUCCACUGCAAGGGUUCCUGCACCCUCACCAACGUCUGGUUCCGUGACGUCUGCGAGGACGCCAUCUCCCUCAUCGGCAACGGAAACGUCUUGAUCGUCGGCGGCGGCGCCCAAGAAGCCAAGGACAAGGUCAUCCAGCACAAUGCCGUCGGCACGGUGACGAUCCGCGGCUUCACUGUCGUCAACUCUGGAAAGCUCUACCGCUCGUGCGGUGACUGCACCAACAACCAGGCCAAGUCGCCCCGCAACGUCAUCGUCGAGAACGUCCGCGCCUUCGGCAUGACCUCUGACCUCGUCGGCAUCAACUCCAACUUCGGCGAUACCGCCACCAUCAGCGGAUCGUGCGGUACUACCAAGAAGGUCUGCAGCGAGUACAAGGGCGUCAACAAGGGCCAGGGCAACAGCCCCAAGCUCACCACCAAUGCCAACUGCCGUGGCGCCCAGGGCAAGCUCAACUCUCUCCCUGCUUGCUAGAUGUAAGAUGCAGACUGUCCGGUGGGGAAGUACUUGGUACUUACGGGGAUUGAGUGCUACGCC